CAUCUGCAGGUUGUUCCCUCCAACCUCUCCUCGAUUCGCGGUUCAUGUAGUUGCGACUGGACAUACAUAGUUUUUUGAGGUCUCUGCGGACAAUUCCCGUUUCCCGAUUGUAUGUUGUUUUGCAGCCUUCAGUGACAGUAACACCAUCCGCUGGACUCUACUUGCUCCUCCAAGUCUAGAAUCUUUGGUGGAGUUUGGGCAACCAUCUCGUGGGACAGCCAGAACCAUGUGGUACUCCACGGAGGGCAAGGAGGAGAUCGCGCUCAUCAACCAGGGCUACCGCCUCCUGGCAGAGUACAAUCUGGUGAAGGAGGAGCUGAAGAACAUCUAUGCGAUUCCCAGCUAUGCCUCCGGAUUGUGUUGGUUCGGCGUGAUCUUCGUGCACGGAGGAAUCUAUGCGGGCAGUGUGUUCCGCUUCUCCAUUGUGCUGCCUGACAACUUUCCGGAGGACGUCAUCCUGCCCACGGUGGUUUUCUCCUCAGUGGUGAUCCAUCCGCACGUCUGUCCGGAAACCAACACGCUGGAUCUGUCGCCGUUUUUCAAGGAGUGGCGCAAGGAUCAGCACCACAUUUGGCACAUCCUGCGGUAUAUUCAGGCGAUCUUUGCCGAUCCCGAAGGCAGUCUCUGUACCGGACCCGCCGGCGAUCUCGUCGUCAUGGAUGAGGUCGUCAAUAUGGAGGCCCUAAACUUGCUGGCCAAGAGUCGAACCGAGUAUAUCAAACGGGUCCAGGAACGGGCCAUCUUCUCGCAGCUUCACAUUUACGACCAGCCGCAUACGGAUGAUUCGCACUACAUUAUCUUGGAACCGUAUUGUCCAGAACGGCAUAUAAAGUUCAUGGACCACCUAAAUAGUCCCAGCUGGAAGGAGGCCACGUCCGUGGACUGUUCCAGUCCGUCGGAGUUUUUGGGACACAUCGAUUCCUCCAGAGAGCUGGAUGAGGAGGAGGUAACUCAUCUGGAGAAGCUCCAGCACGGGCAGAACAUGGAAUCCCAACGUGAAGAGACUGUGGUUUCUUAGUAGAUGAAUGAAGAAGCUAGGCAAUAAAAUUAAUAAAGUAUAGUUUUUAUAUAACAAA